AAUAGGCCUUCAUUCGUGACCUUUUAAAGUUCAACAGCUUUUCAUUGAUUCACCAGUCACGUGUUCUAACGAAGCAUAUAUUUUUUCGGUUGUUAUUAAAACUGAACAGUUUGACUUUAUAUCUCAUAUAAAAAAGGCGCUCCUUCCAUAGCAUAGCGUUUAAGAAAGUAUGCAUACUGAGUUUGCCUUAAUUGACCGGUAUCUUGAAACAAGUCAUUUAACCAAAGAAUCAGAAAUGGACAUUAAUGUAGAUCAGAAGGUCCCUCAGAAUACUUGCUUGAUGGGAACUGAAAGUUUGAAUCUUCCUGCAAUCGUGUGUGAAGGACAGUUUACGUGCUCAGUUAACACGUUUAUGGAAAAUAUGGGAGAUUUUGCACCCCAGUCACAAACUGUAGUGCCGGUAACAGAGAACGCACAGGAAUUCCAAAACCCAGAAAGUCCCAAAUGUUUUAUAGACAUGGACAGUCAUCAUGAUCAUGACAUUUCGUUGUAUGACCCGAACAUUGUUGUUAAAACCGAAAAAGUGUAUGUGCCCUGCUCGAUGUCUUCAACAAACAACAUUCCGAAUCUACCAAACUUCUGUAGUAUAGACAAUGAACCUUACGUCCCGUCAGUGAAGACAGAAUCAUUUGAGACUUUCUCGUGUGUGAACCAGUAUGGAAAUUGUGAUAUUGGUUCUGCUGUUGUUGUCGCCCUUAAAAAUGAAAUUAGUCAAGUUUGCAGAAUUCUAGGAAUUUCACCAGAUCCGAGGUCUUGGUCGGAAUCUGAUGUUCUGAGGUGGAUGGACUGGCACGGCAACCAGUUCAACGCUUCGUACGGUGUCACAGAAGCCUUCAGAAUGUGCGGAGCCCAGUUAUGCCGUUUGAGUAAUGAGGAUUUUAAGAGGAGAUCUCCUGAGGCAGGGGCGAAUCUAUAUGCACAACUCGAUGUUUGGAAAAAUGCCUGUAGUCUGCCUAAUCCGCAAAUAAAGCAGACGACUCCUGACUUUUAUUUCCCGCCAGCGCCUACAGAGUCCUACAUAACUCCGUCUCUAUCCCCAACCCCCAGUACAACCAGUGAGGAAAGCUACCAAAGCAGCUCACCAAAAAGUUCUCAGUCGGAGGAAGAAGUCACCGCACAAAAUUACCAUAGUAAUGUAAACAACGGAAAACAAACUAUCCAUCUUUGGGAGUUUCUGAAGGAACUUCUGCUUCAGCCAGACAGUUACAGUGGAUGCAUCAAAUGGGUCAGUCGCCCCGACGGAAUUUUCAAAAUCGAAGAUUCCUCACGAGUUGCAAGGUUAUGGGGGAAAAGAAAAAACCGACCAGCCAUGAACUACGAUAAACUGAGCAGGUCUAUUCGCCAGUACUACAAGAAGGGGAUCAUAAAGAAAACAGAGCAUUCAAAGCGACUCGUGUACCAGUUCUGUCAACCAUACCUGUGAAAAGACGCAACUUUAUAAAUAAAAAAGUAUGGCUUGAUACGAAGGACGUUUCCCAAAAUGUCCACAUCACACCCUUCGUGUGAUUCAUUAAAAUGGCCACUGCUUGGUUUGUAACUUUUCAUGUGACGGUGGUUACCGAAUCCCGGUCCUAGCAGAAUGUAACCAGCUAAAUGAAGUAUUUCUAAAUGGCAGCUAUUCUUGAACGUUUAUCUGGUGCGGGCACCAGUGAUGUAGUCAUCGGAGAUUCUCUGGGAUUCCUCUUGUUGCUACUCUUGCCACUCUUGUCGACCCGAUGGCAGUUAUUUUAUAUACAUGAAUUCCAAUAACAUUUGAAAGUGAAUAGCACACGUGUGUUUGAUUUCCAUUAUUAUAACGUAUAACUGUUAUAAUAACUAUAAGUGCCCUUUAUUUCAUUGUAUUUAUCUUUGACAGCUGUUAAUGAUUUCUUGAUUUUUGAAUUUUAUUCAAUUUCAAUAACUCAUACUUACUGAAUUUGAAAUUUUGCCGUAUUUGUUGUUAGUAUCAAAAUAUGGCAAAUAUAAGCAUAAAAUGUGAUACUGAUUUGUACAAAAUGUUAAUUUUUAGGCAAUAAAUUAUUUUUGACAACAUA